UUCAUCUUAUGACUCACCUAUGGCUUAAUUCUGUCUGUGUUCAUGUUGAAAAAAUCUCUUUUUUUUAGAGAUCGAUAAUCGGUUUUGUAGAUUUUUUUACGGACAUUCACAUUUAAUCUGUUAUCAGUUCUGUAUUGGGUCACCGUUUGAUGAGAAUAACACAAAACAACAGCAAGGCGAGGAAAAGAUGCCUCAACCCAAGGUGAAGCUGGUGGUGACAGGAGAUGAUUUUGGCUACUGCGAGAGAAGAAAUCAAGGAAUUGUGGAUUGCUUCAGAGCUGGUGCGAUCUCCAACGUCUCUCUUCUGGUGAAUGCAGUCUCAGCGAAGCACGCGGCAGAGCUGGCCAAAAGGUAUCACAUCCCCAUUGGACUCCAUGCAAAUCUCUCAGAGGGUCUUCCAGUGUCUCAGGAACUGAAGGGCUCAACAAUCCUCAACAAGGAUGGGUUCUUCCAUGGGAAGAUGGGCUUCAGGGAAGUUUUGCAGAGUGGUCAGCUCAAGAUGUCAGAGGUGGAGGUGGAGCUCAGAGCCCAGGUAAAUCUUUUUUGUGAACUGGUUGGCCACAUGCCCUACCAUAUGGACGGCCACCAGCAUGUGCACGUGUUGCCAGAGGUGCGAGAGGUGUUUGCUCAAGUUCUCUCUGAUUUUGGGAUCACCUACACACGAGUCCCCAUAGAACCUGGUCUUAAAUUUUGCACCUUCCUCCCGUCCCAUCUGCGAGAGUUCAACGCGCAGGUUGAAAAAGACGCCCUUGACUCUAUUGAGGUCUUUCAUCGACACGGAAUUAGGUGGCCUGAUGUAUACCUGGGCCUAAGCACCAUGGGUAAGAACAUGACUGUGCCCAACCUGAAACGUGCUUUAGGCUUCACGCUGGAAGCUUCACUGGAUGACGGUGUGAAUUCCCCAUUGAUAAUGACGCAGUCCGAUGAUGCAGCGACCGACUUCUAUCGACCAGUUACAGCAGAGCUUAUGGUGCAUCCAGGAUAUCCAAGUCAGCCUCACCAGGGUGGAUGUGGAGAAGGACCAGAUGACUUCUCACAGUCCGCAGACCGACUACAUGAGCUGAAUACUUUGAGGGACCCUUUGGUGCUUCACUACUACAGGCAACAGGGGAUCCACCUCUGUGCCUUUAAAGACUUUUAAACAUUUUUAAACACAUUUGGGGCAUUUUAUCUGCUAUAUAUCUGCUAUUAGGAAAUAAGAUCUUUACCCAUACCUCAAAAGAUGGAUUAAAUAUAUAUAUUAGAGUCUGAAUGCUUGGUUUGGGCAGAAAAUCAGCAUUCAGUUACUUUGUGCUGCUUCCAAAGCCCAUACUAAACAAAAUUUGAAGCUGCUACCUGUUAAAGUACAGCCAAAACAACUGUAAUACUCCAAUUUACCAAUUUCACCCAAGUUUCUAUUAGAUUGACUUGUUUUUAAAUUGUAUUUUAGGAGUUUUUUUUUUUUUUUUAAAUGGAGAGCUGCUCCAGGCCAGUUCUUAUAAUAUGAAGGUGCCAUUUUAAUUGGCUUUGAUCCAAAAACUUUUGCCUCAUUUAAGCAGCAAUUUCUCUCAAAUAUUGCAGAGGAUUGUAAAAUCCAAUAGCAAUCUGUAUUUAUUACUGUAACUUACUAUAUGAAGAUUUUAAUGUAGCAAUUAUUUUAUAUUUAAAAAUCAAUGGUAUUUUAAGGUACAAUGUUUUUAAUGAAUGUAUUUAUGAUAUUUUUAUGAACUUGAAUUAAAAGCACAGUACCGUUUA